AUGGCGAAUAGUAAUCUUCCGCGAAGAAUCAUCAAGGAAACUCAACGUCUACUUAGUGAACCAGCUCCUGGGAUAAGCGCUUCUCCAUCGGAGGAAAAUAUGCGCUAUUUCAAUGUUAUGAUUCUUGGUCCUACACAAUCUCCUUAUGAAGGAGGAGUUUUUAAGUUGGAGCUCUUUUUGCCUGAAGAAUAUCCUAUGGCAGCUCCAAAGGUUAGGUUUCUCACCAAGAUAUACCAUCCUAACAUCGACAAGCUUGGAAGAAUCUGCCUUGACAUUCUGAAAGACAAGUGGAGUCCUGCACUGCAAAUACGAACUGUGCUCUUGAGUAUUCAGGCUCUCCUAAGUGCACCAAACCCAGAUGAUCCGCUGUCUGAGAACAUAGCUAAGCAUUGGAAGAGUAAUGAAGCAGAAGCUGUGGAGACAGCCAAAGAAUGGACUCGUCUAUAUGCAAGUGGUGCUUGA